GUGAUGAAUGAAACCAUCGGACGUUUUCAUAAUAUUGUUUUAAAUUCCCUGCGUUAUUUUGUAGCAUUUCACGACUGUGAAUUUCGUUAAGUGUAUAACAUAUUAUAGUUUAUGAAAUGAGUAGUAGCUAACAGAAUUUAUCAUUUUUGUUUUAAUUUUUAUUGUGGCUGCAAGAAGGGGGUAGAUCAUAAAAUCGCAAAAAAUGGCGGUACAUUUGCACAUAAAAAGUGAAUUUAUCGAAGGCGAAAAGGAAUCCGUUUUGCAUUUGAUGCCUUGUAAAAUUAACGGAGAUGAGGCGGCAAAAGUAUCUUCUUACUUUACUCCGUACAUUCGAAAUGACGGAGACGACUGUGAGUUUCUAGAUUUUAGUGCUUCCUUUCGUGGCUAUCCACUUCAGGGUAAAAAGGUGGUAGUGCCUGAGGGCUAUAAGGGAAUUACAUUCUAUGAACGUAAAAAACCAGAAUGUGAAGGAAAGGAACGUCAUUUAUAUUGUACGGGAUCAUUUUCACAAUUUACUUACUGGAAUUACGAUAAGAUUCCUUCUAAAAAUGAUGCCCUAGCUGGUGCAUUGGAUUGGAUAGAUAUUGCCGAAGCGCUUCAUUCAACCAUAGAUGAUACAGAUGUCAAAUAACAGCUCACAAGAAAUGAUGAUGUCAUUAGGUGAUUAUAUUAUGUGAAUUCAUAUUUUUUUCUUACAACUAACAAUAAAACAGGAUACAGAUUGUUGCAUAUUUAUUUGCAUUAAGAGGCCCAAAGAAACUCUUUAUUUACAGCAGUACUUUUUUGCGACUUAAAUAAUGGCAUUAAUACCACGUAACGUUAAUUAUCAUUAAUAAUUAUCAAGUACAAAAAACUACAGAUAUUUAUAUAUGCAUGAACAUCUAUUAAAAGAUCACAAUCUCGAUUGUAAACUACAUAUUAUAUUUCAAGAUGAUACAUAAACACUUGAUUAAAGAAACGUGUUGAAUAAAAUUGACUCGCUUGGAA